CUCCUGCUGGAGAGGGGAGAGAGAGCUCCGUCGACAAAGUUGCUGCUACUGUACAGCAGGCACUAGCAGUGCUUCUCAUCGAGCCUCGUGUUUCGAACUCACGGCUGCUAUUCCCAAACGGCUGGGACAUGCUCACGAGGUUGCUGCCGAUGGCUCUCGUGCUAACGCAAUCGCCAGUAGCUCCGAGCUCAGCCGCAGCUCAAGUGUUUCAAGGCCAUGCUUUGCCUGCUUGGCGUGGGCUUCCCCCAUCGAUCUGCAACAUACUUUUGCGUUGUGCCUGUCUGUCUCUCUCUGUAUCUGUGGUUUGCGCGACUUAUUUUGGUGCCUGGAACUGUGCCUGGUGCCGCAACUCUCAUCUUAACCUUUUUGAUUUCUUUUUCUGUUGGCUAAGAAUAUUAGGGCGUGGUACAGUUGCAGUCGUUGGGCAAAAGUGAGACAUGAUGAGACACAGAGCGCGCGCGAGUGUGUGUUGACGCUGCAUUAGU